GAGCAAGCGUGUAUACCAACAUGGCCGCCUGGCAGGAGAAGCUGUGGUCAGAGAGCAAGAGGAAGAAAAGUAGCGCGACAGCUUUCUGGUCUGUGGGAACCUUGUGGCUGGCUUGUUUCACGGCACGGGGUGUGGCGGGUGGCGAUCCUCCACUGAAGUGCGAAGACCUGCGAAUCGGACAAUAUCUUUGUGAAGAUCCUAAAAUAGACAAUGAGACACAAGAACCAUUGAAGUGUACAAAUCACACUGCAUACGUUGCCUGUCUUCCAGCACCAAAUACUACUUGUAAGGAUUUCAAUGGGAAUGAAACUCAGUUUACUGGAAAAGAAAUUGGAUUUUACAAGCCCAUAGAGUGUCGAAAUGUAAAUGGUUACUCCUAUAAAGUAGCAGUAGCUCUGUCCUUAUUUCUUGGAUGGUUGGGAGCAGAUAGAUUUUAUCUAGGAUAUCCUGCAUUAGGUUUGUUAAAGUUCUGCACAGUAGGGUUUUGCGGAAUUGGUAGUUUGAUUGACUUCAUUCUGAUUUCAAUGCAAAUCGUGGGACCUUCAGAUGGCUCUAGUUACAUCAUAGAUUAUUAUGGAGCAAGACUUACCAGACUGAGUAUUACCAAUGAGACAUUCAGAAAACCUCAAGUAUACCCUUAAACCUUCCAAGUUCAACUCUACUCCCUCCAUACUGGUGUGAAGAACAUGCCUGAAUAAUAAAUGAUGCAAGGAGACUGUCUUCAAAGCACAUGUUUUGAUUGAAACAUCUGGAUCAUCAACACUCUCUGCACAAGCUAAAAGUAGCAGCCUACUUCAUCACAUAAACUACUGGUUACACAAAAGGAGUUAGGAUCUUGUGCCAUGGUUUUUAAUAAUAACUAGCCUUGUUGAGAAGAGGACAAUGACUUGCCUUUUAAGUUAUUUUGUUAAAUAAGAAUAAAGAGUGGACAUAAUUUAUGAAAUAUACAUCAAGUACUGUACAGUGAACUAAAUACAAGUUGUAUAAAAACUGAAAAGUUUGUGUGUGGACGUACAGGGAAAGGCGGGAAGAAAUGACCUCACAUUCAGCAUCCCUUUCCCUAUUGCUCUUUAAAAGCAAGAAGAGAAUUCAAACAAAAAAAAAUGUUGUUUUACAGAUGUACCAAGUUCCAGCUCAUUCACUCCCUCCCUUGCAUCUAGUACAUCCUGUACUUUUGGCAACAAGUUGACUGGAUAUUUAAAAGCUGCGAACUGCUCUGAAAGUUUCACAUAGUGGGUUAUGGGCCAUGUGUGUUUGAUCAAAAUUCAAUUACUGUGCUGUGCCAGGCUUGGAAACCUAUCAUUGCAAGUUAUGAAGUAUGACGAAAUAAGCUACUCUAAUUGGUUCAGUAUGGGGAGCAGUCUCAACCAAGCUUGUUAUGAUAAAUAGCUUCCUGUGUUAAAGGUUCUCUGGAGCUUAAGUGUCUUGGCUCACCUCCUUCAACAGAAUAAGAAUAUUGUUCCCCAGAAACGCUUACAUCACUGUCCCUCUUCCCAAUUCAGAAUCAAACGUUUGUAGCAAUUUCAUCUAGCUAUUCUAGAAGAAUUUAAACAAUGGCCAUAUCUGUCAUUUCCCUUGUCUUCCAUUCUGUCACGUCUCCUUUCAAUCAAAGUACUUUGAGUCCCGUGUAUGCAGUGAUAUAAAGAGUAUUUUAAUAUUUCAACACAACUACUGUUAUUGGCAAUUCCUCUUUUGUUGGCUAUGUUGCCACUUGGGAAAUUGGAACUGUUGUUCAAAGUUGAGCCUGCUUUAUGAGAGUUAAAAUAAGAGGGAGAAUGCAUUGUGGCCAUAAACCUAGAUCUGCAGUUGUUAAACAGAUGACUGAAAGUGAGCUCAGUUCCAUAGAUAAGAAUACUCACUUCAUAAUUUUAGGAGGCUUAUGUACUGAAAGUAGUUUUGUUCUGUUAUCCUUGUGUCACAGUAAUAGCCAGCAGUGAAGGAUAGAGCACAGAACAAUCUCUGGCUACUGUAUGUGUAUGGUAGACGACACCAUUCACUGGUGUGUCAGAAUGGUUAUCUCAUAGUCUCAAACCACUUUAGAAGGAGGAUGUCAGAUAUUUUUUGUGUCUGCCAUUUUUGUUAAGGGGUAGCUAGGGAAAAUAUGGACCUUUUUAGUGUCUUUAAUAGUUUGACUGGCUGGACUCAAAUUAGUUAUAUGAGUAGGUCAUAAUCUAAUGAUGAAAACAUACUAAUGCUGUUACGCAGGUACCAUUUGUUUUCUGAACUUUGAUCCCAUCAUAGCUUGCCAUUAUAUUUAAAUGUCCUGUUUAACCUUCUGCUGAAAGAUGUGCGUAAUGCUGAAGUCGGCAUUUCCAGCUUGUACUAGAUCUACUGCAAAAAAAAAAAAACCUCUCAAUUUUAAAAAGCAAUCUCCUUAGUCAUCACUUAAUCAAGCAAUGACUAAGUGCAGCAAUACAAAAUUAGGGGGAGGGAAACUUGGUACAAUAAAUGUAGGCAUCCGUAUCUGAGUCAGAUGAGAAAUAAAUCUUGCCAUUGCUUUUGUAAGUAGGAUGUGAUCAAAUAGUUUAGGAUGUGGGGAGGGAGUAUAUAAUGUAAAAUGUCCUUAGCCUGAAUAUUGCACUGUGUAGGUUUUGGGGGUUUGGGGUUCUUUUAAAACAAUAGCAGGUAGAUGACAGUAAUCAUGUUAUGGCUUUUAAUAAAGUUCCUUCAAGUAGUAACUUUACCUUUAAAAAUAGAAUGUGACUGUAGGCACUUAUGCUAAUCUUCCUUUUGGCAAAUCAGCUUUUUUUUUGUAUUGAAUCUCGCUUGAUUGAAUAGCACUGGAGCUGCCAGAGUAAAUGCUAUUAUCAAUGUACAGUAAUUAAGGAAAUAGUCCUUGUCACUCGAACAGCGUCCAGGCUGUGCCUGCUGUAAUAAAGUUAAAUGAUAAAGAAAUCUCUUUAAAUAAAGUGCAGCUACUGGAGUGUGGUUACUUCUGAAAUGCAGUGGAACAAUGCAGUGGAGAAUUAUUGGUGAUAGGAAAGUAUGCCCACUGAACACAAUGUGAAUGUAGAUUUAUAAAACAUAUAAUUAGAUAACAUUAAAUGAUUAAUCUCUUGAUUUAGAGCUACGGAAGCAUAUUUUAAACUUCCAUCUCUAAAAAUUGAGAGGCUCAGAACUCAUUUGUGUUCCUUGCUCUUAUGGCUCUUCAAAGUAUACUAUGUGCUCUUUUAUAUUUUCAUGUGUAUUUGCAAGUUGUACAACUUGAAUUUUGUCAAACUGGCUUGUAGGGUGAUAUUUAAUCUACCAUAUUCUAGAGAAUUAAUGUCUCCGAUUUAAAUCUUAAGGAUAUUGCAUGAACAUGUGAAGCUGAUAUCAAUUAUGAUUCAAAAUGUGGUUUUCGUCUAGGGUAGUUUUUGCAUAUCAAAUGUUUUCUGCCACCAUGAUAGUUAUAUGUGAUUUUUGUAUUUAGCAUACAAACUAAUGAAGAACUUACCCUGAAAGCCUGUACUUGUCAGUCAUCAUCAUGAAGAUACUACUAGCAGAUAAUAUCAUUGGCAUUGCAGUCUGAACCAAGGAGAUUAAAACCAGUAGUGCGUGAUUUUCAGAAA